UGCUGACAAAAGUGAAUACAAUGAUGUGUGGGGGUUUUAGUGUUUUUGUUGUUGACUUCAUGCCGCCUAUUCAAGUAUAUGAUAACUCAAAAACACAUAGUCACAGCUUUAAAACAGUACUUGCGUGAAAUUUCACUGUUUAAAAUGAAAAGCAGCUACUCUCUGAUUUUAAUUCCUCUUGAUCAACAUUGUUUUAUACUGAACUUGUUCUCUCUUUUGUAAUCCGUGUUUUCAACUCAGAGGGUCGCUGUCGGCAAGCGCGUGGCAAUUGAACUAGAUUUUUUCUAAUUUUCCGGCAGUGUCCUGCCUCUACGUGUACAUACACAGGACAUGAGCAGACAACGACAUCAUACACGGUGCGCGUUCUCAAAAAACCUGCGAGGAAUUUAUAUCUCACUGGACAUUAAUUUUCGCUUCUACUACUUGGAGUGGACCUUUUUUUUAAAUUUCACAUUGAUUGCUUUGGAAAAGCUUUCAAUGUAAUGGUGCAGGAGACCACUACGGACAGAACAAUGAGACGGCAAGUACUGUUGCUUCUCUCGGUGCUAUGUCUCAGCUACGUGCUCGGGCAGGUCAGCUAUUCCAUACCCGAAGAAAUGGCGAAAGGCUCUGUCGUUGGUAACAUAGCGCAAGAUUUAGGUUUGGAUCUUAAUAGGCUGAAAUCAGGUAAAGCUCGUGUGUAUACGGGAGGAAGCGUUGAAUAUAUCGGGCUGAAUAAAGAAAGAGGGGUCCUUUUUAUCCAAGAGAGGAUAGACAGAGAGGCUUUAUGCGGAGAGACAACACCUUGUGCUUUGCAUUUCCAGUUGAUUCUGGAAAAUCCAAUGGAGCUGUUUCGUGUAACAGUGGAGAUCACCGACAUAAACGAUAAUACACCUACUUUUACGAAUGCAGAAAAACGCCUUGAAAUCAGCGAGUCCGCUGUCAUUGGAUCGAAAUUUGUGUUGGAGAAAGCCAUCGAUUUGGACAUCGGAAUGAAUGGUUUACAAAGAUAUUCACUUGCGCCCACUGAUAACUUUGUAAUAAAAAUCGAAAAUCAGGCAGAUGACAGUAAGAAGGUCGAGAUGGUUCUACAAAAACCUCUUGAUAGAGAAAAGCAGGCGUUCAUUUCGCUGCUGUUAACUGCAGUGGAUGGAGGAGAGCCGCAAAUGUCAGGGACAUUGAAAAUAUUUGUAAAUGUUUUGGAUGCGAAUGACAACGCACCUACAUUCGCAAAACCACUGUAUAGAGCAAAAAUACUUGAGAAUUCCCCCAAAGGCACCAGCGUAACGACUGUAAGCGCUUCUGAUAAAGACAUCGGCAUUAACGGAGAAUUGUCAUAUCUAAUAUCUUCCAGCAAACGUAUUUUAUCCGAACUAUUUAACAUUGAUUCAAAAACAGGGAAAAUUCUUCUUGUCGGUGAAUUAGAUUACGAAAAGGCAAAAAUGUAUCAAAUCGAUAUUGAAGUUGUGGACAGUGGGGGACUCUCCGAUUCCACGAAAGUAUUAGUUGAUGUUAUUGAUGUAAAUGACAAUACUCCUCAGAUAAAUAUUAUUUCAAAAUCCGAGUCCAUAUUCGAGGAUUCUUCUCCAAAUACUGUUUUAGCUAUGUUAAGUGUAAAUGAUCCAGAUUCAGCAAGUAAUGGUGAAAUAGAUUGUAAUAUAGACGGUAACAAUCCCUUCAAAAUUCAAACUACUUUAAAUGGAUUUUAUACUUUAGUUACAGUAGAUGAUUUAGACAGAGAGGUCGCUUCUCAUUAUAAUAUAACUGUGACCUGCUCUGAUGAAGGAGUCCCCUCCCUCUCCAGCAGCGUCACUCUCACCUUAAAGAUCUCUGAUGUUAAUGAUAACGCGCCUGUCUUUGAGAGAAGCACAUACGAGGCCUAUAUUGUAGAAAACAACACACCAGGUCUCUCUAUAUUCACAGUGAAAGCCAGAGACGCUGACUGGAACCAGAACGCCCGUGUUUCUUACAUACUGGAGGACUCCUCUGUUAACGGAGUGCCAGUCUCCUCGUAUGUGUCCGUUAGUGCUGAUAGUGGAGUCAUCCAUGCAGUGCGCUCUUUUGACUACGAGCAGAUCAAAGAUUUCCACUUCCGAGUCAAAGCGCAGGAUGGAGGCUCCCCUCCACUCAGUAGCAACGUGACCGUGAAAGUGCUGAUCCAGGACCAGAACGACAACCCUCCUCAGGUUCUGUACCCGGUGCAGACGGGAGGCUCUCUGGUGGCUGAGAUGGUUCCUCGUUCAGCAGAUGUGGGCUAUCUGGUCACUAAAGUGGUGGCUGUUGACGUGGACUCUGGACAGAACGCCUGGCUCUCCUAUAAACUGCAGAAAGCCACAGACAGGGCGCUGUUUGAAGUGGGCUUACAGAAUGGAGAAAUAAGAACUAUCCGCGGAGUCACUGAUAAAGAUGCUGUGAAACAAAGACUGACUGUGAUAGUGGAGGACAACGGGCAGCCCUCUCGUUCAGCUACAGUCAUUGUUAACGUGGCGGUGGCGGACAGCUUCCCUGAAGUGCUGUCUGAGUUCACUGACUACACACAAGACAAGGAGUACAAUGACAACCUGACCUUCUUAGGGUUGGCUUUGGCUGUAGUUUCCUUCCUCUUCAUCACGUGUUUAGUGGUUAUUAUAUCAGUGAAGAUCUACAGAUGGAGACAGUCUCGCGUCCUCUAUCACUCCAAUCUCCCUGUGAUUCCGUAUUAUCCACCACGUUACUCAGACACUUUGGGGACAGGGACUCUCCCACACGUGUACAACUACGAGGUGUGCAGGACGAAUGACUCCAGAAAGAGUGACUGUAAGUUCGGCACAGUCGGUAGUCAGAACGUGCUGAUAAUGGACCCCAGUUCUACAGGGACGAUGCAGCGGAUACAGAGUGAGAAGAACAUCCUGGAUGAACCAGACUCUCCUCUAGAGGUUGGUCAUUUGGUAUAAUAACACAUUUUAACACAUUUGCAUGUUUCUUACAACUGAGGAAGUCCUUACCCUGUCCCAUUUUCAUGGGUUUGCAACUAGCACCAUGGACAGAGGCACUGGUGUUACUUUUGCCCUGAACCUUUUUAAUCAUUUGCAGCUGCAGCAUUGAGUAUUUUUUUGUUUUUUAUGCUUGCGGGUGGUUAGGUCUGGUUAUGAGCUCUUAUUGAUCCUGCAACCGAUGAUUGUACAUUAUUUCUAUAAACUAUUUAUUUCAUUUUUUUUCUUCCUAUAAAUCUAUCCACCCAUCUCUCUGUAUCUUUCUGUCUCUCUGUCUAAUUUGUCUUUCUACCCUUAUACCUAUGUGUCUACUUUUGGCAAACAUUACAUAGCUUAACCAAA